UCGUCACUUGGAGAGAGAUAGAGAGAGAAAUGAGUGCGGUUUUUGCCGAAAACAGACUGUAUUGUGUCGCUUCGACUAGCGGUUUUGAUUAGUCAAAGUCUAUUAUAUGUGCCUUCUUUCGAUUCACAUCUUCGCGAUAUUGCCUAAAGGUUUCUGUGAAUCAUGCCGUCUCGCCAUCAGGCGCCGUCGCCAUCUCCAUCGCCGUCGCACCACCAUCUUUUAGCUCCAAUUGUCGGUGGGAUCGCCGGAGCGUUCUCCUUACUUCUCAUCCUAUCCCUCUGCUUCCGCAGACUCAAUCGAAGAAGAACCGUCCCUUCUGAUUCCAAACCGCCGCAUCGCUUCUCUUACUCGUACCUCCGUCGCGCCACCUCAAACUUCUCGAUCGCCAAUCGCCUUGGUCGCGGUGGAUUCGGAUCCGUCUAUCGCGGAACUAUUGGAAAACCUUCUCAGGAAAUCGCUGUCAAGCUUAUGGACGCCGGUUCUCUCCAAGGCGAACGUGAAUUUCAGAACGAGCUCUUCAUAGCAGGUAAAUUUGAUUCGAAUUUCAUUGCGUCUGUCAUCGGCUUCUCAUCCAACAGGAAACGGAGACGUAUGCUUCUGGUUUACGAGUUCAUGAGCAACGGGAGUUUGCAGGAUUGCUUGUUCCGUCGCAAGUCCGCUGAGUUGAAGGAGUGGAAGAAUCGAUUCUCCAUCGCGUUUGAUAUAGCUAAAGGACUCGAAUAUCUCCACCACAAUUGUCAGCCACCUGUGAUUCACGGUGAUAUCAAGCCGAGUAAUAUACUCUUGGGUGAAAAAUUCAACGCUAAGAUUGGCGAUUUUGGCUUGGCUAGGUUGAAAGCAGAGGAUCAGUGCGUGAUAUCAAUAAUCGGCGGAAUUGAAGGGAAGGAGUUGGAAAAUAAGGGUGGGGGUGGAUGUGGAGCAGACGACAGUGAGUCUAUAAUGGAAGAGACAGAGAGUUUAGCAACAACCAUAUGCUUUGACGAAUCGAAUUUUGGCCCUAACAAGUCUCCAGAUAACGUUCUGGACUUUGUAGUUCCAAAGACUUCACCACCGUCUCCGGAGAUUGUUAUUCCGGGCGAGAUGUCACCUGAGUUCGUCAUUGGAUGGGACAAGUCUCCUGACUCUGGCGUAGUAGUAGUAGCAGCAGCAGAUGCAUCUCCAUCUCCAUCUGAGGUUCCAGAGAAGGUUAGUUUAUCAGAAUGCAACUUUGACAGGGCUAGUGUGGAAGAGAACGAAAAUAUUAAGAUAGACAGAAGGCCAAAGAAGAGCCCAUCAAGAAAGGAUUGGUGGUGGAAGCAAGAUAGCGAUGAACCGGAGGUUGUGAAAGAUUAUGUAAUGGAAUGGAUUGGAAAUGAGAUCAAGAAGGAGAGGCCAAAGAGUGAAUGGAUAGGGGCUUCCACUAGUUCUGCCCCAAUUGGAAAACCAGAGAGGAAAAGAGGAAGGAGGAAAUUAGAUUGGUGGGUGACAAUGGAUGACGACAAGAACGUGAAUAAAGAGAACAAGAACAUGAAUAAUAAAGAGAAGAGAAGACCGCCUAGGGAGUGGUGGAAGGAGGAAUACUGUGAUGAACUUGAAAAAAAGAUGAAGAAGAAGAAAAAGAAGAAGCAGGGACUAGAACCAUCAACAAGUUAUGAAGAUUAUUGGCCUAGAGAUGAGACGGGUAGAAAGAAGAGGAGUAGGAGUAGGCGGAGUAAUAGCCGAGGGAGUGUAGAUUGGUGGAUAGACGGUCUAAGUGGCGACCUAUGGAGAAAUCGCGGGCAUAGUAACGAUUCAUUAAGUGGAGAAAUACCAAAAAGUGGCGGAGUUAGUAGCACACCAAGUAUGAGAGGAACGGUUUGCUAUGUGGCUCCUGAAUAUGGUGGUGGUGACGGAAAUCUCUCAGAGAAGUGCGAUGUAUAUAGUUUUGGUGUUCUUAUGCUUGUUUUGAUUUCUGGUAGAAGACCAUUACAAGUGACUGGUUCACCAAUAUCAGAAUUUCAACGUGCUAAUCUCUUAUCAUGGGCACGUCAUCUUGCCCGGGCAGGAAAGCUUCUUGAUUUAGUGGAUCAGUCAGUUCAGUCAAUCGAUAGAGAACAAGCAUUACUGUGUCUAACGGUUGCCCUUGGCUGUAUUCAGAAAUUACCUGCUUCACGACCUUGUAUGAAAGAAGUUGUUGGAAUGCUUUCAGGGGAACUAGAAUCUCCUCGCCUACCAAUUGAGUUCUCACCUUCCCCGCACUCCCGAUUCUCCUACAAACCACAUAAGAAGGUUGCUGCCGCAGCUGCUGCUACUGCAGCACGAUGAUGUUGGUUUGUUCAAUGUAAGUGACUAUAAAUUUUUACAAAUUUGGUAAAUCUGUUUGCGCAGUUCAUCAUUGUUGAUAUUCCUACUUAGUGACAGUGUAAACACAAGAAGAAUUAUAUUAUAGAAAUAAAGUUGACAUUGAUUUGAUUCAA